GUGAGGAGUCUCAGUGCGCUGACAAUCGCGAUACCGUAGACUUCGCCGCCGCCACCUGCGAUCUCUACGACGACAUCGAAAAUCGCGACAAGUGUCAUCCCAACCCCUCGUUCACCGCGUGCGGUAAAACAAAAAUUAUUAAUAAAAACACGUUUAAUAUAUUUUCAAAAAUGACAUUUUGAUCAACGCAAGUUUUUUUUGGAACAAUUAAGAAGGUUUUUGUUGAUUAGUCAAAGUGUGCUUUGGACUGAAAAUUACAAAAGAAAAACGUUUUAAGUAGUGUUUUUUUUUCUUUUUCGUUUGUGGUUUGUUUAUUAACAGACUAUGUAGUGGUUGCUGAAAUCGAUUUGUAUUUUCCUUUUAUUUUGAAACAUUCGUUUGGAUUUUUUUUUAAUCUUAACUUUGAUUUAACUAAGAGAAAUCUGUGUGAUUUGUGCGUGUCCGAUAUGGCAUCCGACGAGGAUUGUAACACUACUUUUACAUACGGAAUUAUUGAAGAUGCGACGCCAUCACCAACUACAACAAAUCCUUACUCAAACUGUUUAUCACCUUCAAGUUCUCCAUCGCCACUGUUAUCCCAACAGUAUUCGAUGCAUUUAACACCACGAUACGAUUAUCAGGAUCAAGAGUUGAUACCUGCCUCGCAAGUUCUACCUCAGGCUUUACCGAAAUCGGCGGCCGAUUCAAUGUGGGAAAUGAAUCAUCAGAAUAUGUACUCCGAUUAUCGCGUUUAUGAAAGUCCACGUUACACGAACGAGUACAUGCGAACGCCGAAUUUUGCGGAAUCGCUUCCGGUUUAUGCGCAGAAUCGAAACAAUUUCGUUCCUAAGAUUGCCGGCGGUCAACAGCAGAAAGUUCCUAAGGAGGCAAGGAUUCGAAGACCGAUGAACGCCUUUAUGGUUUGGGCGAAAAAUGAAAGGAAGAAGUUGGCGGAUGAGAAUCCAGAUUUACAUAACGCUGAUCUUAGUAAAAUGUUAGGUAAAAAAUGGAGAUCAUUAACACCACAAGAUCGUCGUCCCUUUGUAGAAGAAGCUGAACGUUUAAGAGUAAUUCACAUGACUGAACAUCCCAAUUAUAAAUACAGACCUCGACGUAGAAAACAUAAUAAACAAAGAAGUACUUCCGGUGUGACUGGACCCCGUGUUGGGACGAGUUUACCGUCUCCGAACGUGCCAAACAUGUCCCCGAGAUACUCCGGUUACAUUCCGAAUUCAUCGUUAUCUCCAACGAUGCAACAACAAACAUAUAACGGUCUCGAAUUUCAAGGUUCAAGCGGAACCGGAGGUGAAUUUGGACAGAGUCCGGAAAAAAGAUACACGCCCCCUGGUACUUUUCAUAAUAAAUAUUAUAAUUAUGGUUAUCAACAUCAAAGUUUUGGGCAAAAAAGUCCGUUUUCUCUACAUACGCCCGAUCAAUCGCCUGCACAUAGUCCAGAACCGAAAAAUUCUGUUUUAAAGCAACCUAAAAGUCCUCAAGAUAAUAAGGAUGGAUCAAAUGAAGGUGAUCCGGUUCUUCCCACGCCCGAUUUAUCCCCGUUGGAGCAAGAAUAUGAGAAAGAAAGGGCAUCUAACAUUCAACAUACAUCUAAUAUUAAUAAUUUAAGUCCAACGCAAAAUUAUUCAAGUUCAAGUAGAAUACAGAAUUAUCGCCAACCUAGUAACAUAACAUAUACAAAUUCUCAAGCAAUUACUUCCGUCCCAAUGUCAAAUGGAAUGUACGUUAUGUGUACUAAUAAAAGUUCUGUUGAACAAGGACAUGUCGUAACAGGUACUUUUUAUCCGCCAGUAGCAACAUCUCAAGAUCAACAAUUAUUGGGAACAACAAAUUUAAAUUCAACCAAUUCGAAUACGGUUCAAUAUUAUUCAAACAGUCCUAUGUAUUAUCCAAAAGAAUAUUAUAAAGAUGAAUUAAUGAAUCAUCAACAAAUGAAUUUAAGUUAUAAUCUUAAAAACGAUAUGAUUUUAGAUAAAUCUGAAUAUGAUCUUAGUUAUAAAACAAACAUUCAAGAACAACAAAAUUAUUCUGGAUACGGUUCGCCUUUAGUUCAAAACUUUAUUGCACCUCAUGAAGAAAGAAGUGAUGUAGAUAGUGACGUUGAUGCUAGGGAAUUUGAUAAAUAUUUAAAAUAUAAUAAUACUGAAACGAAUAUGAUUGAUUCGAAUCAUAAUUAUCAUAGAAACGAUGGUUUAUCCUCAUCGGGUGGUGUUAGUUAUAAUUUUCCACCUCAACAUACUUCAGUUAUUUUACCGAAUACUAAUGUUAAACCGGAACCAAUGGUCGGACAUUACCCGGAAGUUUAUGAAUUACCCGCUCCAAACGGUAUUCAAAAACCAGAUGAUGAAUUUAGUGAAAUAUUGGCUAACGUGAGGAAAACAUGUUAUAGUAACUGAUGAACACUGUUAAUUUUAAAUUGUGUGUUGUGCAAUAUGUUUUUUUUAAUAUUCUAAAAGGUAGGAUUAAUAUGAAAAAGAAAAACUUUUUUUUUAAUUCAAUGACUUUCAAAGAAUAUUAAUAAAGAGUGAAUAAAAUGCGAGGUUUGAUUGAAAGGAAACGAGACAUCUCUUUUUUAAUAUAAAUUAUUUUUUUAAAGGAUUUCUGUUUAUUAACAAAAGGUAUAAAUAAAAGAGGUGUCUUUAGCACAAAUUUAUAAUUAAUAAAAAUAUUAUAGUUUAUUAUAUUCGUUAUAUUUAAAGAAAUUUUAUUUAAUCAUUACUUGAAUUAUUAAAAGAAUUUUCGAUUAAUUUACCAUUCUUUGAUUUGAUAAUUGAAAUUGUAACUUUCUGCAAAUUAUGCAAUGAAAAUUAUAUUACAUUACUAUUUAAUGGAAAGGUUUUUGUGCCCCAAAAACAUAAUAUUUCUAAGUUGGUAAUGGGAAUUUUCGCAGAUAUUGAGGCUUAGAAUCAUUAUCAUACUGAAAAUUUUACGCAAUUUUACGAAUAAUAUCACGUUUCCACGGUUUUGACACACAAUACCAUAAUAGUAUAGUAUAACCUCAUGUUUAUGGUUAUCUACAUGUUUUUGGAAAUAUUCUCUAGACCAUCGUCAUAGUAAUUUUCGGCUACUAUAACCUGUAUAUUUUAUUCUCGUCCGACGAAAACACAUUAUUCCAGAAGAAUAAUGGGUUGUUUGUAUACCUUGCAAAUUUUAAUACUUUUUUUGUACCUGAGAUUCACCAAUAACUAUUUCAAAAGAUGACUCUACUUAUUGCUUCAUAAACACAUCAAUAAUUUAAUGUUAACAUGUUGCUGAAUUCUUGCUUAAUUCUCACAUUAUAACUGACAUCAUUAAAACAUAUCCGUAAAAAUUAGAGAUAAUAGGAAUUAUACAUAAAGCAAAAUUAAAAUGAUUUGUGUGAUGCGUAAAUCGACUUGUAGUGUAGAUUUGUGACAGAAUUGAACUGAAACAUUUUUUUCUGGUUCACUUUAACACAUUAAUGUCAAAAACAAUAUUUCAAACUAUGAUUCAUAAUAUAUGAUAUGAGUCGUCAACAUCCAUCCAUCCCAAGCGGGUUUAAAAGUUUUUUUUUGGCAAAUAUUUUUGGAAAAUAUGAAUGUAUAACAAUAUACUUUUUUUUUACAAGAGUACAAAUAUGAUUUGGGCGUCUUGUUAGCAAAAACUUGACAUCUGCGUCUUGCUGCAUCAAAAUAACGUGUCGUCUGAGAGACAAUUUGGUGAUUUGGUAUUGACUCUUUUUUUGUGCCAUUCAGCAUCAUUACAGAGACUUUUCAAUAAACCAGAAUAUUAAAGGACUUUUACAGAAUACAUUUAUAAUUUGAAAUUGGGCCAAUUCUAAACUCAUUUGUUAAAAAAUGACCACACUCUUGUCUUUCUAAUUUACUCCAACCACAUUAGUUCUGUAGUAUCUAUUAGUUUACACAGUUCUCUGGUUUCAGUGUUGUGCUCGAUAGGUUUUUGCAAAUUCCAUCUCGGCGUUUAGAUAUACCUUUCACCUUUCAUAUCAGUCUCCUGCAUUUGUAUUUAACAUUUGUAUUUAGAAAUAACAUAUUUACAAAGUGUGAUAACAUGGGAUAUCGGCUAGUUAAUUGUAAGUUAGGUUGGGUUAGAAACCAGAUGAAAACCACUACAAAACGAAAACCGUGCAAAAAUGACAAACUUGAGUUUUGGCAAAAUCGAAAAAGUAAGUUUUAGGAUGCACACACAUUAACAAUACAAUGAUUAUUGAGCUUUAUCGAUAAUUCCUACAAUUUCUAUCUUAAUUCAUUAUUAAUUAACCCAAGUCCCGUCUGACUGAAUGUGCAAUGCAAAUUAAUAAAAAUUGGAUUAAAUCAAAAUAUAUUCAAACUUUAUUUUAAACGUUGAUAUCAAAAU